AUCGCUAUUUUUAUUUCUUACCUUCCUUUGUAUCUAUUUCUCUUCCAUUCCUUCUUACUUAUAUAUAUCCUUUCUUUAUUCUAAUAAUUUUGUUUAUUAUAAUGAUUCAAAAGAACUCUCGCGAUUUGAAAUCAAUUGAAGAGCACAAACGUCAAAAUGAACAUCAUUUAAAGACAAUUGAAAAACAACGGCAGCUUAUUCAAAAAUUACAGAAAACUGUCGCUACUUUGAAGCUAGAAAAUGAAGGUCUUGCUCAAAGAAACAAAGAAUUGGAAAACAUGCAUGCAAGUUCCCCAAGGUUUGACAGCAGUACUGUAACACAUCAACACCUUUUAUCUGAGAUAUUUCAGCACCCUCUAGAUAGAGAAGUAGUCAAUAUGCGUGAAACUUCUUCCACAAUUAUUCCUACUACUUCUUUAUCAACACCGGUGCCACCUCCAAAAUCGCCUUACCGCUCAAACUAUGACAGCAAACACAAGAUCCCUGCAUUCCCCAUGCCAAAACGUCCUCCUGUAUUGAAAUUGACCAAAUCCAACUAUACCUCUUUGCACUCAAAUAUGCUUGAUAUCCAUAAAGAAAAUUUAGACUCUUCUGUAUUGAUUUCCCCUCACUACCCACAAAACGAUGAUAAUCCAUCUAACCCAUCAUCUCCCACUAGUACAACAUCAAGCAGUUCUGCAGGCAUGAACACACCUUUGCUUGAUUUAGACGGUCAACUUUCAACCUCUCCUCAUAAAGAACACAAUGCUUACACAAUGGAUCAAAAAGUACUCAAACAUUUCUCGUUAUCAAAAACACAACAUAACAACAAGCAUUCUCAGAGAGAGCCUGUACGCCAUUCUACUCAAAACACUAAGAGUAAAUCAGAGCCUUCUACUCCUGUCAGACCUCGAAAUCCUCGUUAUGACUCGCUUAUGACAAACAAUACAGUGCCUAGUGUCGAUUCAAUUCGCCAAUUAUCAGACAUCAAUGUCAAUAUGAUUAGUUAUUCUAUUAAAACUUGUCAUCGAGGAAGAGAAGCUUCUGUGUUUACUAUUGGUGUUUGCAAAAAGAACGAUUCAACUGAAAUGUGGAAAAUUGAAAAGUCCCUUUCGGAUUUGGUUAAUCUGGAUAGUAGAUUGAAAGAAAGCAACCCAGCCAUUAUAUCAAAUUUGAAAAGGUUGCCUGAAAAAUCAUCCUUUUCAUCUCAUUCUCCUGCCAAGGUAGACGAGCGAAAGGCUAUGAUUGAAGAAUAUUUACAACAGGCACUUGUGUUGAGAUCUGCCAAUACAGAAUCUGUAUUGAAAGAAUUUCUAAGUUCCGAUAGAAUUCAGUAUUUACCAAUUACACUAACUAAUGAUCUUCGUAUCAAGCAAGGUUACUUGACAAAAAAAGGUAAAAAUUUUGGUGGAUGGAAAGCAAGAUACUUUGUCUUGGAUAACACUGGCUCACUAAAAUAUUAUGAAAGCAAACACGGGGCUUUUAUUGGCACUAUUAGCCUUUUCGAUUCUCAAGUCGCAUCGCAAAUCCAGCCUGACUCGGGUAACAAUAACCCCUAUCGUCAUGCAUUUGUCAUACUGGAGCCCAAAUCAAAUAGCAACUCACCCAACAAGCACAUCUUUUGUGCAGACUCCGAUAAAGAUCGAGACUCUUGGGUUGAAGCUCUUCGUCCUUAUACUAACCAGGCCCACAUUGCUCAAGAUGUCCUCAGUCGCUGCUUUACCGAUGAUGGUGCACUAGAUCAAUUCUUUGUUCAACCUUCCUCUUCAACUGAAAGUACAAAGUCAAACUCGCUUACAUACUUUUCUUCGUCAAAAAUUAGCAACGAUCGCCGAGUAUCUUUGAAUUCACCUACUAGUCCAAGAGCUUCUUCUGCUUCUACAACAGACAGCAGCAUUUGCAAGAAUCAAUCUAGUGAAAGUUCAAAUACACUUGCAGACGAAAGCAAUGAAGAAAAAAAAUUAAAGCAAAAGGCAAAUCGAAAGAGUUUUUGGUCUAAGAAAAUGUUUGGUGGUGCUCAAGCAAACGACACGUUACCUCCUAUCUCUCCCCAGGGUAUGGUUUAUGACUACAAUUAUGUUCAAGCAAUGAAUGACUAUGAAGAAACUCGUGGUGACAAGCAAGUGUUUGGUAUUCCUCUAGAAGACGCUAUCACUGUAUCUCGUGUUAGUGAUGGUUAUUACCUACCUACAGUUGUACAUCGUUGUAUUGAAUACUUGGAAGCAAAGGGCGGCUUAACCGAAGAAGGCAUCUAUCGAUUGAGUGGUAGCUCAGCAAAGGUUAAAAUCUUGAAGAAACGAUUUAAUGAUGCUGGCGAUAUCAAACUCUUGGAUGAUACAGAUGAAUACCAUGAUGUUCAUGCCAUUGCUGGUCUCUUAAAAAUGUGGUUGCGAGAGCUGCCUGAAAACGUGUUGACAGAAGCUGCCCUACCUAAUUUCCUUCGUAGUACGCAUAUUGAUGAUCAACAAGAAAAGUUACGUGAAAUUAGAAGACUCAUUUCGCUUCUACCUUUACCCAACUAUACCUUAUUAAGGUCUCUUUGUGCUCAUUUGAUUCGUGUUAUUGAAAACUUCAAUACCAACAAAAUGACUUUGCGCAACAUCAGCAUUGUCUUUUCAGCAACACUAGGUAUUCCUUCUGUUAUCUUCAACACUCUCUUGGUAGAAUUUGAUUAUAUUUUCUGGACAAACAGAUGUACAAAAGAGGAUCAAGAGGCAACCUCAGAUCUUGAAGAUACAAUAGAUGCUUAUAUGCAAAUACCUAGUGAAGAAGAAGAAGAAGAAGAAAAAGUCAAAGAGCCUGCUACAAUAAUUAACCCUUUAGUCCAAAGAUUUGCCAAACGUCACUUGAGACGAAACAGUGUUCAUUAUCAAGACAAUACACCUAAAGAAUUCAUUUCACUUGAGAAACAACUUGAAGUUGUUUGGAAUGAAUCUUCUUGUGACGAUGAAGAAGCGAAUGAUCUUGAAGGAGAACCUGCUGUUGCAUAUUAUGCUUCAAGAUUUGAUGCCAACAGCAAGCAAAGAUAAACAAUUAUCCUGACCGUCCAUUUCCUUUACAAUACACUCUCGUUAACAUGCUACACAAUAAUAUCCCCCUUCCAUUCCCUUUCUACAUUAUUAUUUUAGACUUCACUUUCCUUUAUAUAUCCCUUUUUAUAUACAUAAUCUCUUAUUUUUAUCUUAAUCACUGUAUAUUUAUCAUUUAAUUUCUCUUUCCUUGAAUAAACAUCAUUAUAUUCGAACUUAAAA